AACUGAAGACUUUGACCAUUGAACACUUGUGUUCGCACAGAACAGUUACACCACUUCAUCAGCUGCAUGACAGAUUGUGUAGUCCAGUUUAAACCCCGGGCACAACCGAAUCUAACAGGAAACUUGAAUGUGGAAAAUGUACUUGUUUUAGUUAAAAGCCAUGACUGGGAAAUUGACCAUAUCCCCUGAACAUGACAGCCUUCCAUCUGUCCAGCGCAGGAGCAGACAUGCAGAGGACGCCUGCGGAGGACUGCACGGGAGGAAGAGGAGCUCCAAAGACUUUUACCCUCCACUGAUGGCCUUUAUAAGAGACAGGCUGCACAUCAGGAUGAAGUCAAUGGAAACAAGUGCGCAGAUGAUUGAAGAAGAAAACAUUUUGGACAAUUAUAAAGAACUUGAGAAGAAUGAGUUUGCUUUGAUGGUCUGGGAGUUAAUGAAUGGGACAAAAGAGCGGGACAUCCCGCAGACUCACACUGCCAAGCUGACUGCUGCUCAUAUCUACGAACACAACAACUUGUUGAUCUCCACCGUUCGUCUGGUUCUGGUUUAUGAGGCAACAGUCACCCAGAGCUCCUUUCUGUAG